AUGGCGAAGACAAAAAUUUCGAUUGGAGUAAGAUUCAUAAUCUUUGCUACAACGUUAGCAGCUGCACUUACCAUGUUGUCUACCACACAAAUGGUUCACAUGAAAGAUGGAUACACUUUUUUACCAUCUUAUAAGAAUUCCAACAAUGGAUACUCUUUCAAAGCAACAUACAAGAAUUGGAAUAGCUUUCAGUUCUUUAUAGCCGUGAACUUUCUUGGAGCUGCUUACAACCUUCUAGUUAUAAUCCUUCCUGAUGGGAGUCGUCUAUGGAAGUUGGUCGUUGUUUUGGAUAUGGUUAUUACAAUGGUACUUGUUGCAAGUUGUGCUGCAGCACUAGAGACGUACUCUCUACUCAAGAAUGGAAAUAUUCAAGCAAGUUGGCAACCCAUUUGCCGUUUUGUUCCAAUUUUCUGUGCAAAAGCAUUAGGAGCAAUUGUGAUUUUCAUAAUAGUUACCAUUGUCAAUACUGGUUCCAAUACCCCUCCUCAAGUUGGAGGGGGAUGA